GGACUUUUAGCCACGGAGACUCGCGAUGUGAAGGAUAUCUCAUGUCUCCUUUUUUUGCCUCAGGAGUUAGCAGCACUUCUUCCAUCUUCUCGAGUUGAGAGAGAUUUGUGCCUUUGAACUCCAUGGCAUAUUCAUCCUCUAACAGCGACAUAGAGGACGACAGCUCCAAAUCCAAUUCCAACCUGAGCCUCUCUGUGGGCUAUUUCCCCUGUGAGGACACACCCUGUGAGGACACGACCUCCUGGGAAGACGCACCUUCCAAGGGUCCUUCCAUCCACUUUCUCCCUCCCAUCCAAGGGGCAUGGGGGACUGAAAGGAUAGGGAGACGCAUGAAGAGACAGGACCAAAUUCAGGAUGAACCAGAGCAGUUUUGCAAACUAAGCAUCUUCCUGGCCUGGGAUGUGGACGUUGGCUCCGAUAACACAGACUCAAUAGCUAAUAGGCUUCUAAAUGGAGACAACCUGUGGAUAGACAAGUUACCAAAAGAGAGAACAAAUCUGUCUGUUGGCAAACUGAAUAAUCUUGUGCAAGAGUUUCAGACAUUUCUAGAAAAUCUGAAAGAUGAUGAUGCUGUACUUCCUGCAACUGCUCAGAAAGAUUUCCAGCUGUCCAGAGGCUCCCCUCCAGAAAUGGUUCAGAUGAUAAGCCAGGCAACUGCCAGCCAAAGGACAAGCGCUCCAGAGAUCUCCUCAAUCCUGUCAGAGCAGCCAGAGAAGGAUGACACUCCUUCCCACACACAGGCCCAGUGCUGCCUGAACUUUGGGUGGGCCUUCAGCUGGCUGAGGCAGCAUAUCCUCCCCCCUCUGCUGAGGAGGGAUCACCCUGUGAAUGCCACCAAGAGUCCCCAUCGGUCAGCACCAACGAAAAGACUCUUUCACAGAGGCAAGAGAAUUCAACCUCAAGAAACCCUUGAAUUAGGACAUCCCAUAUAGACAGAUUUUUAAACUUUUUGGAAAGUUUAAAAUAAUCCAUUAAUAAGGAUUCCAUUAAUAAUCCCCAUCAGUUUAUUUUUUCCUCAAUAAACAAAAUAAAUGCUCUUGUUACCCCAC